CCGCCCACAUCACGUGACCAAACCUUCGCCUUGCGCCGGAAGUGCUGUCGGAUCGACGCCUUGAGACAGAGUCGUGCAUUUCCGCUGGAUUUUAAAAAUGUAAAUACUAGAGUGAAGCCAGGAUGAAAAUGUGAGAAGGAGAAGCGAGAUAAGUUGUGAAUUUGAAUGUAUUCCUGCCCUCCGACAGCUUAUUUUUCUUGUGAACAAACACGUUGCAGAAUGCCUGUCCUGUCUUAAUGGUGGUCUGGCGAGUCCAUCUGGUCACACCUUGGAUCUCCUGGAGCGUAGAGAGCUGUGGCGUUAUACAUGCUGUCUUGGAAAACCCAUAAGGGCCAGCCACAGGGGAAUGGAAGCCAGUGUGACAGUGACAGCACAGUGAGCAGACAAGGACCUGGCUUAGCGACGGCCAGGAUGUGUCUGCAAGAAGAAUUCCAACUGGAACUGCAGUCCCCCAGCAUUCUCCACUGAAGAACCGGAUGAUGAAGAUGAAGACUAAGCAAGCCAUACAAUAUGGCUCGUGAAGUUCAGGAUUUUUCAAAAGAUAGCAUUGAAGACAAUUUUUCUGAGGGAUAUAAAUUACUGGAGGAAAUUGCAAAGAAGAAGACAGAAGAUGCUGAGAAAAAACCCCAGACCAAGCCAAAGCCUAAGUCUGCACAGUCUUUUUAUUGUGAGCUGUGCAGUCUUUCGUGUUUUCAUGAGUCCCAGCUGAUGAUGCAUAUAAUGGGAAACACGCAUCGAGAGAGGAUGGAAAGGCGAGCUGUUGGGAGUGGAGAACAAAAUGUGGACAGUCUGUGCCCCCUGUAUGACUAUGCGAAGAACCCCAGUCGUCGUGAGCCUGUCAUUGGGCUGAACUUUGUGGUGGAGUUUGUCUGCAAGACCCCUUCCCUCUCUCCUCAGUAUUUCUGCACCUUGUGCCGCUUCAUAUCCCGAGCAGAUUUUAUUUUUCACGUAAUCAGUUGGAAGCAUCGAUACAAUUAUGUGAAGAAGGCUUACCCCCUCAUGGAUCCAACUGCUAAUCAGGUUACUAAAAGCCUUGAAGCCUACUUGAAAGAAACGGCGCGGACUAUUGAGACCUUGGAUGGGCACAGUGGCAUUCAGAUGAGAUUCAUCAUAGCGUCUGAAUAUCAUGAAGUAAAGAGACCAAAUUAUGAAAUUGCUGAACUGCUGCUCAAAAAUGGAACGCCGGUGGUCAACGGGAAGCCCAGUGGGAGUUCUGCCGACGCACAUCCUCCAGAUAUCAAGGAGCCAGAUGCUGAUAAUCCAGAAAAAAAAGUAUCCAGUGAUAAUUUUGUAUUUUAUGGAGGGUUCUGGAAACCAAACCAAGGUACGAAGCAAGGCAGCGCGCCACAGGCCAGCUUUCCGAAGGUUGAUUCUGUAAUACUCGGUGAUUUUGGAAAUCAUCCUGAAGUUGAAAAGGCUUCUGAGCCAAAGGCUGGUCAGCCGACUGAAGUAGCAGUUGGAAGUUCUGGAGAGAAUCCAAUGCACUCUGCAGCUGAACUGCUGCUCAAAAAUGGAACGCCGGUGGUCAACGGGAAGCCCAGUGGGAGUUCUGCCGACGCACAUCCUCCAGGUAUGAAGCAAGGCAGCGCGCCACAGGCCAGCUUUCCGAAGGUUGAUUCUGUAAUACUCGGUGAUUUUGGAAAUCAUCCUAAAGUUGAAAAGGCUUCUGAGCCAAAGGCUGGUCAGCCGACUGAAGUAGCAGUUGGAAGUUCUGGAGAGAAUCCGACGCACUCUGCAGGUGAGACAAUUUCUGAACCAAAGCACAAAGACGUUUCUAACGUAAAUGCUGGAUUAUUUGAAGAGUGUGGAGACCUGCCUGAAGGUCAGUCGUAUCUUAAUAACAUUUUAAAAAUGCAGCAACAUAAAUAUUCAAGAAUCAUUUUCUUAUGAUUAAAGAGGUAAAAG